AUGGCGAUCACGACUAGCAGGUUCCAGCGGCGCGUCCUCUACGUCGUGGUGCUUGCGGCAGUAGCUGUGACGAAUAUAGUGGCAGCGGAUAACUCGUCCAACUCCACUUCACAGAUGCCCCAUACCAACAUGCCAACGGUCAUUGCAAACACAUCUGUCGUCACCACUCUGGCGCCGAUUACGUCGGCGCCGCCGGUGAACACAACCACAUCACCUCCAACAACCACACCUCCAACAACAAAGCCUCCAACAACAGCACCUCCAAAGACAACAACAGCACCUCCAACGACGACGUCUACUUCGCUUGCACCAUCCACGUCACCUCCACAUACGACUCCGCCGCCUGCCACGACGACUACUCCCGCUCCAACCACCUCAGUCGUCGCUCCGUUGCCAUCCAUAUUAGCGAUCGACAUCCCACCGCCUUCGACUCUAGAAGUUGACAUGUCCGACAUAACGCCGAUGCCAUCGUCACCUCGACUUCCUCGACCGUCGACACAAAAUCCAACGUCUGGUGAAGGCGACCACGACAACAGCAUGGGGACGAUUUUCGUGGUAAGCGUUUCCGGCGCGGCGGUCAUUCUCCUCGGAAUCGCCGCGCUCGUUGUGCACCGGCGGCGGCAGGCUCAUCAGGACAGCUCGGACUCGACGAUCGACGACAGUAUAUUGGCGCCCCCCUCGAUUAAGACACGGCGGACAAACAACCCUUCCGUGGUGCUCGUGCAGCAUGACUACGGCAGCGGCGUCCCGCCGGGAGGCAUCACCAACUAUGCCACUUCCGUCCGCAAGAAGCAGCGAUCGCUUCCGAAACCGUCCGCAUCACCGUCCACAGAGAUUGCUGUGCUUGGCGGCGCCAUGAACCAAGGAGGAGGCAGUCAUGCCGCAGCCGCUGACGACCGAUCGUCUUCGUUCUUUACAUGGGACUCUCAGCGCGGGGGGAGUAUCGAUGACGUGGCACUGCAACGUCACUUGAACAAGCAUCUGCCACCUCCGCCGCCGCCGUUGGCUUUCGGGGAAUUUGACGGGGGCGUGCACCAUGCAAAGUACAUUACGACGACGAUCACGCCAUCACGGCGGCGGCGGGAUUGUGUGUCAUUUCAGAGUCCGAAAAGCAUGAGCUACAACGACCACGUGGCCGCGAUCCACGCGGCGGAUGUGGGGACCGAUGACGACGACGAUAUGACGAUGCACAAAUUUUCGUUCUUGUCCAAUGGAUCGGUUGUAGACCCAAGAUAUACGCCGAGACAGUAUGCGCCGGCGGUAUCCCUUGCCUCGGACGACGACAUGAGCUCAUUGGAUGAUAGCAGUAGUAUGUACCACAGCACACGAGACUCGUACGACAGUGUCGCACAUGCGAAGAGUGGGGAUCGGGAUACCAACCAUUCCGUCGAUAGCUGUGACAUGGCUGUUUCUACCGCCGCGACGAACGUGGGCACGUCAUCCGUGGAGGAUGCACUCCAAGCGAUCCGCGAUGGCAAGUUUGUGGUCGUAAUGGACAACGAAGACCGUGAAAACGAAGGCGAUUUGAUCACCGCGGCCGAAAAGGCGACGGAAGAGUCCCUUGCGUUUAUGAUCCGAUACUCAAGCGGAGUUGUGUGUGCGCCGCUGACGGUGCAACGGAUCAACGAGUUGCAGCUGCCUAUGAUGGUGCCCAACAACACAGAAGUCCGCAAAUGCAAGUUUACCGUCACGGUAGACCUCGACGAAGGCAACACGACGGGUAUUUCCGCAGCAGAUCGCGCGCGAACCAUCCGCGCUCUUGCGGACCCAACUGUAUCUGCCUCUGCGUUCAACCGACCGGGGCAUGUGUUUCCCUUGGUGUCUGUCGACGGAGGUGUCUUGGCACGCGCGGGACACACGGAAGCAUCCGUGGACCUUGCGCGCCUUGCCGGGUGCACGCCCGCGGCGUUCAUCUGCGAGAUCAACGACGAUUACGGCCGCAUGCUGCGUCGGCCGCAGCUGGAAGUGUUUGCCCAGACCCAUCAGUUGCAUUUGAUUACCAUUUCCGACUUGAUUCGGUAUCGUUUUUCCCGCGAAACAGUUGUCCAGCGAUUGACGGAACCAACGGUACUUCACACGCCCUUCGGCGCCGCGACCAAGAUCACGUUCGGGUCGACGUAUGAUGACCAGCGGUAUGAUGCUUUGGUGGUGGGACAGGUCACGUCCACAGGAACGCUCGUGCAUUUGGUCCAAGGGACGUUGGAAGGGUCGAUCGAAGCUCAAUUUGCGCACCAGCACAUUGUGCGUCAAGGCAAGGCGGGCGUGCUGGUGUUUGUUCCAGGCUAUGAAGGGUUGGUGGAUGUGAGCGGUGAACUCAUGGCGCAACAGAGUAUCUUUGGCAUGGGACUGCAGAUUCUGCGUCAACUGGGUGCGACGUCUGUCGUCCUCGUGGCGGCAACCGCGCCCCUCUUCGACACGAACGGAUUUGGCAUCGACGUCGAACGCUUUGAAGUGUUGGCGACACAAUAG